AUGAACAAUAUAAAAAUACAGUGUAUCGCCAUAAUUGGUAAACAGAAUAAUCCAUUAUACAUUAAAAAUUUUAGUAUAUCACAUCCUGAUUUAAAAUAUCAUUAUAUUGCUCAUACAUCUUGUGAUGUCAUUGACGAAAGAGUUGGAGCUGCUGGACCAGAAGCUGCCGAUACCUAUCUUGGAUUAUUAUAUGCAAUGGAAGAUUUAGCUGUGUAUGGGUAUAUAACAAAUACUAGAGUAAAGUUUGUGGUGGUUCUCUCGGUUCCUGAUGCCGUAAUCAAGAAUUCAGACAUGAAGAAUUUGUUUAGGAGAAUUCAUACCGUGUAUAUCAAUCAAGUUUGUAAUCCAUUUUAUAAUUUAGACGGAAGGAAAUCAAUUGUUAGUAAAAGGUUCGUUGCAGCUAUUGAUGCUAUUGGAAAGUCUCCUGAUGAUGAUGCUGCUGUUAGUCCAUAA